AUGGAUAUGCUUAAAGUCUUGUGGAAUCUGUCGGUCCCUCUCAAAUUCAAGGUUUUCGUUUGGAGACUUCUCAUAUCAAGACUCCCGGUAAAGGAUUCGCUCUUGAGAAGAGGUGUCACCUUCGACGCUACCAAUGCUUGUUGUGAGUUUUGUCGGUUGCAACCGGAGAACUUGAAUCAUCUAUUUUUCGAUUGUCCCGUCUCAAAGCUGUUGUGGGGCAGAAUCUUCAGAUGGAUGGGAGUUGAUUUAUCAUUCUCUCUUGCUGAGUUCAUGGUGUUUGGCAAGUUUCAUGACAAGGUGAAAAUGGCAAAUUCAAGACUGAAAAUCAACACCAUUUGGAUAGCUACUUCUUGGAGCAUUUGGUCUAUGAGAAACGCGAUGAUUUUCGAUAAGGUGCCGUAUAGUUUCGACGUGGUGUAUUCAAAUAUCUUGUAUUUAUCUUGGAAUUGGCUAGCUAGUAGCAACCCUUUGUCCUUCUGUAGCUUCUAUGACUGGUUUAAAUCCCCUUUGGAUUGUUUCAAUACUCUGUAA